CGCAGGAUUCUGAGAUAGUCAUUCGCCUCCAGUCAUCAUGUUUAUCUUGUCGCUGCUGCUUGUCCCUAUAUGGCUGGUCUUCACCGCCGCUCAAGGAGAUUACUGUCUGCCUCCCGUCGGCUCCCCGAGCGAGGAAGUGGCUGCGCAGUUUGUGCUCGAAGCUGCAGAGAUCACAUCUGUGGCUGCCCUGGAGACUGAGAUGUCCUUCUGUUGCCCACAACAAUUCACGGACUGUAUGGCUGCGGGGGGCGUCUGUAUGCCCUCAUUUGUCAAGUCCCUUUGUCCCCUUGCCGUUGAUAGCUACUGUCCAGCCGACUCCUGUACCUGCUGCAUCUUUCAACCUCCCUGUCAGGGAUUAUGCGAUCUCGGCGGCAAGUUAGGGGAGCGCCGUUGCAGCUGUCGGUCCAGUGAGCGUCCUAUAUCAGGGAAAUGUUCCUCCUCUUGCACUUGCUGCCCUCUUAAGGAAGAAUGAGUUAAAGGGUAAUGGAUCCGAGGGGCCAAGAUCAGCGUUUCAGCGUAGUCUGGGGUAAUGUGAA